AUGGCCCCAUUCGAGGCGUUAUAUGGUACGCAUUGUCGCUCUCCAAUUGGUUGGUUUGAGUCUAGAGAGCCUAUGCCGCAUGGUACAGAUUUGCUUCAAGAGGCCCUGGAUCAGGGCGUUAUGAUGUUUGGGAGGCGGGGCAAGCUUAGCCCCAGGUACAUUGGGCCUUUUGAGAUACUCCGGACAGUUGGGGAGGUUGCAUAUGAGUUGGCCCUACCUCCAGCAUUUUCAGCCAUCCACCCGGUUUUCCAUAUGUCGAUGGUGCGGCGAUAUGUUCGUGAUGAGUCCCAUGUGCUCCACUAUGAUGCAGUCGAGUUGGAUGAUCGUUUGACAUUUGUAGAGGAGCCAGUUGUCAUUCUAGCCAGUGAUGUGAAGAGAUUGCGCUCAAGAGCAUUUCCUUUCGUUAAGGUCCGUUGGUGGCAUCGUCCAGUCGAGGAGGCUACCUGGGAGGCCGAGCAGUAG